GACAUUAAAAGCAUGUCACGUCUCGCAAGUUUAAAAUGUACUGAUUAUGGCUUACAAAGGAGAACUUUGGUGAUUACUUCCGUGUUUCUUGCUUUGAGAAAACGCCUUCAGGCUAGCUUACUAUGACAAGUUAAGUCUCGGUUUGACACGGGUGCCUCUCUAUUGAUUCCGAUGUUUGAGUAUCUCUUUCAUCGAUGUGGUACGGAGAGAUGUAAGCGGUAUUGGUCACACAAUCUGUGUGUCUUCGAGAAAUCACUGUUCAGCUCUAUAAAAUGCCAGCGAAACUGAAACUAGAAAGUAUCGACAAGGACGGCACUCUUCUGGAUCACGCCACACUGUGAGCAGCUGAAGAUAUUAUAGGUAAUGGACCAAAUUUAAGUUUUAAGCAUUUCCUCUGAAAAUAAAGUUCGUCUCAAAGUAUGUGCGAUUUUUUCUUCCUGGCGUCGACGAGACAAGAACAUGUUUAAAGCGAUAUAAUUUUCAAGCGUGAUUUUCGGAAAUGACAACUUGUUAUUAAUUAUUCAAAAACUUUUAGUAAUAUGAUACGAACUUGACAGACUUGACAAUAGAAACACAAGAAUGUGUAAUCGAGAUGCCCUUUGAAUGAUCCCGUUCUUGUCGCGGAACCACAAGAUUUCUGUUGUUUUUCAGCCCACAGUUUAAUCUCUGCACUGGUGUUGUCUUCGUCAUUACUUCAUUUUACAGUUCAGUAUUCUCUGUAGGAAAAUGCAUCACAAUUUUCUUGGGCAACCGUCAGGGAGGUGAAUCAAUUGACCCAGACAAGUUGAAAGCUUUGUCGCAUCAUCAGAGCAUCAUGGAUUUCGUUUCAUAUCACGCGGGAUGUGUAAUUGUCUCUGGCUCGAUUUAAACUGAGAUCACCUCCAUAGCUGGUUGAAGCUCAUCCAUAUGAUAACAAUGGCCCCAAGCCACUGCCAUGAGAGAUUCAUCAUUAAGAAACUGAUUCCUCUCAUAGCAGGAUUUUAUCUGGUGGCAGGUGUCAUUAUGAUUGGGGUUGGUGCUCACGUGAUGAGGAACCAAAUAACUCCUGCAAAAAUUUUGACAAGCCUAAGCAUUCAAACAGCACCCAUAUUACUCCUCUGUGCUGGAGUUUGGAGCUUGCUAGUGGCAGUUCUUGGAUUUGUUUUUAUUUGUGAAAAAUCACCUAUUGAGAAUGGAGAAAGGAAACGACUUAAAAUUACAUUCAUAAUCCUUGGUGUGGCAGCCCUUCUUCCGGCAUUUAUUGGUGGUGGAAUUGGUUUAGGUAACAUCAACAAGGUCACAAAUACAUUUGAACCAGACCUAAAGACAAAACUUGAACUGUAUGGAAGGUCAGGGGGCUCCAUGGAGGAUGUUAAUGAUUUACAGAAAGAGUAUAAAUGUUGUGGGGUGAACACCUUUGCUGACUGGCGUAUUACUGUUUGGGGAGGACGUAGAUACGACAAAGUCCCAGAUGCCUGCUGUAAAGAUGAGACGUUUGGAUGUGGUUACUGCUUUGUAGAUGCGGAUAAAACACUUAACAAAAAGGGUUGUGCUUCGAUUGCCGUGGAAAAAGUGAAAAAAUCUUUGCUGACUGUAGGUGUCAUUGGAAUCAUUAUUGGUAUAGUCGAGGUGAUCUUGUGGGUGGUCUUUCUCUGUUCUUGUUGCUGCAAUGCAAAUGGGGAUGAAUAUUUACCACAGCCUUCAACACCUUUGAAGUCUCAGCCCGAACAAAUCACGCUAAGAGACACGCCCAGCUCCAAGGAAAGGGUUGGCUCUGGACAAAGUAAGGUUGUACCUGCUCCAGAGGAAGAUUGCACGCCUUCUCGGCAGGAAGUAUGUACCUCUAGUCCUGGUGCUUCGCACUAUGAACACAAAAGUGAUAAGCCUAGCUCAGAGGGUGGUGCUGCAUAGAGUAGAGAGGAAAGUGAAAAGCCGUCAAAAGAGAAAACCACGUCUUGUUAGAGAUCAUCUGAGGUUUAGAGAGGAGUCGAGAAAUUGUCACUGUAAAUGUUUUAAAGGGAGCAGAAUUAGGUACAGUAAAGUUUUUUCUUUCACCUCUAAAACCGAAAGUUACCCUUUGCCCUAACUACUCGUUUUAUGACAUCCUCCUUUCUGUUUUGUGCUACAAGUCAAGUUUCCUUUGAAUAAACGCUGAAGCGUUCGAUGUAA